CGGCGCAUGCGUUGGGCUCCGUCGUCGGCCGGGUCUGGCGGGCGCUCUUGUUGGCGGAGCAGCCAGGCAGAGUGCGAAGCCGAGAGAGAGAGAGAGCGAAAGAGCGGCGGCCGCGAGCUGGAGCCGCCCGCGAGUGAGGUGCAGCGAAUGGAGGAGCCCCGGGGCGGAGGCGCCCCGGCCACCCACCGGCGCCCCCGGGCCCCAAAAUGAGCGCCGAGCUGGGCAAAAUGCUCAAGUGCCUCACCCACCGCACAUAUCGCUCGCUGCAGGAGGACAACUACACACCUGUUAAUCAUGCAAUAAAAAGUGAGGAGCCAAUCAAAAAGAGCGGUAGCAGGAGCCACUCAGAGCCGGCGUCGACGUUGGGCAGUCCGCAGCGGACAGGUGGUCUGCACGGCCUGAAAAGCGCCAUCGGAUUGCGCUUGCGAGGUCUGCGCUCAGAGCCGAAGCGCGCCGCGGCGGCAAACGACGAGUGCGCAUCUUGCGGCGGCGACGCGAGUGCGGCGCCGCGAUACACGCGUCUGCCGGCGGCGACCAAGUCGCGCGUCGCCAGCGCUCUGCAGCUGCUGCGGCGCCACAAGGGCGCCGCAAAGUUGCUGCGCGAGCGCUCCAAGUCGGACAACAGUCUGCAAAGACUGUCGGUGGUGCACGGCGCCACCAGCCGCUCCGAUCACGCCCUCCAGAGGCUGCUCGUACGCAAUAGCAGUGAGCAGCACGUCUUCCUGCCCCCUCACAGCCCCCCAGCCCCCAUCCCCGAUAGCAAGAAGUCCGCUAGAAGGUCGCGCUCCCUCGAGAGGACCUCCAAUUUCAGGGUCUACCCAGUGAACAGUGGGACGGUGGUGGUGUCAAGCAACGGGUCGCGCUCGCUCGAACGAAACCACAAGUUCCGGAUCGGGCGUACGAGUCCUCCGGCCGCGGCGGCGCCCACCACAGAAACCUCGUUGUGCAGCGCGCGCCAUGCGUUUCCGCACUGCGCCUCUUGUCCACUAGCGGCGCACAACCAAGAGGGGUUGAGGGCAUUUGCGGGCAGCACGGUGCUUUUGCUGCAACGCCCCUCGAUGGCCGCCCCACCACCCCCAGAGCCCCAUCGGGGCGCCCUCGUCAGCCGGCCCGACAAUGGCUGGCUCCACUCGGAGCACAAACUUGCCAGGGAGGGAAUCAGCUACCUGGUCAAGGGUGCGUCCAGGAUAGAUUUGAGGUAUGUUGGCUGCCUAGAAGUCAAAACGUCAAUGAAGAGCCUAGAUUUUGAAACUAGGUCUAUGAUUGCAAAGGAAUGUAUAAACAGGGUAUGUGAAGCUGCCGGCCUUAAGACUGUUGAUAAAAAGAGAAAGGUGGAGCGUCGGGUGGGGCGCGUCUUAGCAGACCAUCCGAACAUGAACCACGCGGGAGCUAACGUGACCCUGAGCAUUUCUAGCAAAGGUUUACAACUGACUGUCCUGGACACAGGCCAGAUGAUCGCCCAACACGACAUGCCCAACAUUUCCUUUGCCUCUGGUGGCGACCCAGACACGCUUGAUUUCAUGGCCUACGUGGCCAAGGACGCAAACCAGUGGCGGGCGUGCAUGGUGCUGGAGUGCGGCGGUGGAAUGGCUCAGGACGUCAUCACCACCGUCGGAUAGGCCUUUGAGAUCCGCUUCAAGGAAUAUUUGAGGAGAACACCCAACCCUCCCACAGCCACCAAGAUGCCCAUCGCUAUGCCCCCACUCAAUCCUUCUCAUCGACCACAGAAGUUAAUUUCAGACAUGGAUUUUUGAAGCAGCAGCAGAGACUAGGACAAAGCAAGUUGGAUGGAACAAAACACUUGAAGUGCAACCAUCUUUGAUAAGAUAGUCUGCCUGACGGAGCACAGUCGGAGUUGAGGAAACCUUUGCGUUGAAGAUGUUGAUUCCAGCAGCAGGACCGCUGGAGCCACCAGCCACAAACACAUCACUCCUCGAAGGAUGCCAAUGGGCCUAUGGAAAUUGAGUUUUAAUAAAUUUAUAAUUAUUUACAAAUGAAUGUAUAGUUCUACCAUGGGUAAAUUGCUCUUCCUGGUGUCUGAGUUCAGGAUGACGCCUGAGAAGGAUUGGAAGGGCGCCAGGUUUGGGGCAUGGUCGUAGACGUAGAAGUGGUCCUUGCUGGAAGCGAGGAGGCGGUUGCCACCCUGCGGAGAAAAGAAGGCCGAUUCCACAGCUUCAGUGAUUGGCGUGGCCCUCUGACGCCCUUUGACUAUCCCACUGUCCACAGAUUUGCUGGUGCUCAUGCAGCGCAGGUCCCAGAUGCUCAUGAUUCCGUCGUCUGAAGCAGUCAGAACGCAGUUUUCUCGAACCACAUCCACUGAGUUGAUGGAGCCGUAGUGGCACUGGAAUUUAGACACGGCUUCUUCACGUGUGUCCAGACGGAGCAGGCAGCCUUCAGAAGAAGCAACUAACAGGACAGAAGGUUUUACCUGGGCGUGCCAGGUCAGCCAAGUCUCCUCUUCAAGAGCUGCGGAAAUAGAGUGAACUGCUCCCGGUUGAGGUCCAGACACUUGACAGUCCCAUCUCGGCUGCUGGAGAACAGGAAGUUGGGGUGGUCAGCCCCGAAGAGGAGGUGAUUGACCUGAUCUACGUGAGUGCCGAAGCCGAAGACCUGAGAGGAGGCCACUUCAGGGUCAUCCUCCUCUACCUUCCAGAUGCAGACGCUGCCGCUCUUGGUGCCGCUGGUCAGCAGCAGAGGAUUGACAGAUCUAUGGACGGCAAGAGCAGUCACCUUUGACGCUUGGUAGUUCAACAUCAGCUCAGAAAUUUUGCACAGUCCCUCCAGUUUUUCCUUCAUGGUCGAAAACUCCAUGCUUUGGAGUUCGCUAGAUUUCUUAGGAGAUUCUUCUAAAAACGAUUUUUUUUUUUUAAUUACAUAAUAUAAUGAAAUUAUUAUACCUUUUUGAACUUCUUUGGCCACUUCGAGGAAGAUGGGGACAUCCUCAGGUUUGCUAAAAGGCGCCACACAGUCUUUCAAGCUCUUAUCCUUCUUGUCCUGGACCUUUGAAGCGUCAGCCGCAGGCAAGAUUGCUUGGUCCUGCUGGGCAGCAAUUCGGUUUGACCUUGUUGACCUACCCGCCAAGGUGGAAGGGUCUCUUCCUGGUCUAACUUUUUCCUGUUUCCUCUUGAGGGUUGCUUCGAAGGCGGCUGCGGAUUCGAGCAGACCUGUGGUUUUGAACAUGAUGCUUUUCUCGAUGAUGUUGCGCUCCCGCAUCAUAUCCAGCUCGCUCCUGUCACCACUACUUCCUCCCUCGUCCAGUUUUUGCACCUUUGCUGGACGACCUCGUCCCCUGCCCCUCUUUUUCUGCAAACACAUUGAGUCAAUAAAUUAAAUAAGCAAAAAAGCAAGAAUUAUAUGGUAGUGAUAAUUAUAUUUUUUGGGAAUACCAAAACAAUAAUUUAUAAGGAAUAAUUUAUAGGGACAGAAAAUUCCUAUAUAAUUUUUUUUUAAAUUUAUUUAUUUAUAAUAAUGCAGACAUACCUCUGACUGAUUGUCCCCGGGUUCUAUCAUUUUGUUGUUGCCGUAGACCAAACUUUGGUCGCACUUCUCUUAUUUUUGUUGAAAGACGAAAAAAUCCACUGUAAGUAGAAUUAGCUUAUAAUAGAGGUCAACGUCCUUUCAAAUCCGAGAGGAAAUAGGAGAUUAGAAGGAUGAAAUUUUCCAAUUUGAUUAUUCUCGAUCACUUCGAAAUAAUUAUAGUCAAAAGUCGCAUGAAGGUAAUUUAUGAUUAACUCCAAAAUUAAAAAAAAAGUGCA